GUUUUUUUUUAGUUUGGCAUCAUCAUGUCUUGGGCUUUCUAUUUACUCACAAUUUUUCAAAGCCCGAAACUAAAAACCUCACAAUCAUAAAACCAACUACUCAAGCAAUAACUACCGUACUCAAGCAACUAAAACUCCACCAAAAUGAUUUUGCCAGUCUCUUCCAGUUUCAACACAUCUGCUCUGCUUCAAGACAAUGGUAUCAAUAAUGGUAUCACCAGCAUGAAUAUGAAUAACUUUUUGACCGCCGCCGAUUCUUUGGUGUUUGUGGAUGAACCUCAGGCUGAAGAUAUUCUGUGCGGCAAAGACAAGCGGUGCAUGACCCACGAAGGUUCUCUGUACUUCAAGGGAGUCAUUGAUGCUCACACUGUGGCUUACAGAGAAGCUGCUACCCGUCAAGGCAAGAUGGCCGUUACCAAAUCCGUCUUUGACCUCAUGCAAUCUCGCCGUUUCCUCAAGCUCAAUGAAGAUUCCAAGCAAUGGGAGGUUCUGCAUCCACUCUGCAUUAGGGAUAAGAUUGGACAUGCUCUCAGGUUUGCCAACAGAAAGUCCAAGGCUGUCUCUGCCAAGAAGAAUCAGCUCAAGAGGUCUCUCCAAGUGCAACAAGUGCAAGUGCAAGUGCACAGGACUGAGUUGGUCUCCUCCUCCUCUUCCUCCUCUUUUGCAAGCACCUCCACCAACUCCUCUUCAAGUACCUCAAGUACCUCCAGUAGCACCUCCAGCAGCACUAGCACCACCUCCAGCAUCAAUGACCUCCUCCAUGGUGCCCUCAAGAUCCAAAUUCCACCAAGAGCCAAGAAAGCUGCUGCUCCUGCUCCUGCUCCAGUCACUUCCUUCUCCAACACAAUGUCAUUCAUCAGUCCUCUGGACUCUGUUCAAGUGGAAUCAGCAUCCUCUGCUGAACCUGCUCUUGACAUUGACAUUGACCUUGACGACCUGGACUGGAUGUUGCAGCUUCCCAUCAUGGAAGUCAAUCCUUUGGACAACCAAGUAUGCUUUGCUGCCGGUUCCACCGACUCAAAGACAAACUUGAACACAAACAUGAUCCCUGUUCCCAUGAUGUUUGCAUCUUUGUAAAUCAAAGAAACAAACACAUCACAAACUGUCACUGUACUGUACAUAAAACAAAACUAUUAGCACAUGCAUGCCUUACUAUACAUGUAUCAUAGUACU